AUGUAUGACAACAUUAUAAAGGAUCAAGAGAAGAGAGGUUUCAUUGAACGCGUACAGGAAGGAGAAGACAAAAACGAGAGAGCUCACUAUAUACCGCAUCAUCCUGUUAAAAAGGAUUCACCUACAACGCCUAUAAGGAUCGUCUUUGAUUGUAGUUGUAAAGAAAAACAUGGAUCAGCAAGUUUGAACGACUGCUUGGAAACGAAUGCGCCACAGUUGAACGAUCUACCAAUUCUUCUGACCAAAUUCCGAAAGAACAAUUAUGCUGUAACAACCGACAUAGAGAAGGCAUUCCUUCAAAUUGGAUUAGAAGAGGAAGACAGAGAUUAUACCAUAUUCUUCUGGUUACGAGACUACACUGAUCCUGACAGCGAAAUCAUCACUUACAGAUUUAAAGUAGUCUUAUUCGGCGCUACAUGCUCACCAUUUAUUCUCAACGCAACUCUCCUGAAAUUGUUUACGGACAACUCUAACAGGACAUCACUAGAACUAGAAAGGAGUCUUUAUGUAGACAACGUUCUUACAAGCUUUAAUGACGAAAUUUCUUUGCUAAGAUUCUACACGGAAGCUAGACAUCUUCUACAAAAAGGCGGUUUAAUUUGCGCACAUGAAAUUCAAACAGCAGUAAACUAA